GUAAGGCUAUCCAGUCGAUUGUCGAGUGCUGUGCAGUCGAUUGUCGAGGAAGGCGACUCCCUUCUGAUUUCAUCCAUCACAAUGGCGGACAAACAAACCUCUCAGAAAAGUGUUAAGAUAGCAGCAGGAGCUGUGGUGUGUGUUGAAAGCGAGCUCAAAGGGGAUGUUACUAUAGGCCCAAGGACAGUGAUCCACCCUAAAGCGCGAAUUAUUGCAGAAGCGGGACCCAUCGUGAUCGGAGAAGGCAAUCUGAUCGAGGAGCAAGCUGUCAUCAUUAACAGUUACCCAGAAAACAUCACACCAGAUGCUGAAGUGGAGCCAAAGACAAUGACUAUUGGCAUCAAUAAUGUAUUUGAAGUUGGCUGUUUGUCACAAGCCCUUAAAAUUGGAGACAACAAUGUUAUAGAAUCUAAAGCUGAUGUAGGUAGGAAUGUCAUCCUAACCAGUGGCUGCAUCAUCGGGGCCUUCUGCCAGGUGAACACCUGCGAGGUCAUCCCUGAGAACACGGUCAUCUAUGGCUCUGGAUGUGUGAGGCGGGUGCAGACGGAGAGGCCACAGCCUCAAACACUUCAGCUUGAUUUCUUAAUGAAGAUUUUGCCCAACUACCAUCACUUGAAGAAAACCAUUAAAGUCAGCCAUACUACUAGUUAAACAAUCUUAACAGUUGAAAUUGUGAAGAGAAAAAUAUGGAAGAAUCUCAAUGUAUAUAUUAACCUUUUUUUUCAUCAGUACUCUUACUUACUGGUAUUUUCUACUAACCACAACAGCUGAUUAAACCGUUUACCUUUA